UGGAACGACAGAUCUUCUGCCGAGAAAAGUUUACACUGUUACAAAUAAAUUAGUCUAGAGAAAGAUAACAGUGGCAUUAAGUCAGUGAUAACACUAAUGGUUGCAUUACAUCUUCACAAAGAAAAAAUACGACCAAAUGAUGGAAUAAUCGCCGCACUGGAUUGAUGUCUGGGAAGAAACAAUAAGAAAGGUCGUACAUUGUGUGGGCCGGGGAACAAAAGGCGGCUAAUUUCAAGUCCAGCAAACGAGUGGCUUUCCAAUACCCGUGGCGGCUCAUUACUGGGGUGUGAACGGCGUAUGUGGCCAUUGACGGACCUACGAUACUGACUUGGUAUGCGAUGGUGACGACGAUAAUUUCGCCAUACUUGCUGGUAACACUACUCAUCCUGAAAGCUGAUCCAGGAUGUGCCAUGGUGGCGAAGGAGGCGCGGGCGGCGCCGGCGAGCGAGCGCCCGCCGGACCCCGAGCAGCACCCGUCGUGGCGCCUGCUGGAGCACGCCCGCUGCGGCCUCAGCGCCGCCGACCGCAUCAUCGGCGGCAAGAACGCCGCGCUCGGCGCCUACCCGUGGAUCGCUCGCAUCGGAUACAUCAGUACGCCCUCCCCGCUCGCCAGCAAAUACCAGUUACCGGGGACUCGCAGGAAGGCGGUGUUCCGGUGCGGGGCGGCGCUCGUCAGCAGCUACUACGUCGUGUCGGCGGCGCACUGCGUCACCAACCUGCCGGGCGGGCUCGAGGUGGGCCUGAUCCGGCUGGGGGAACACAACACGCGCACCGACCCCGACUGCGAGGACGGCGUGUGCGCCGAACCCGUGCAGGACUUCCGGCCGUCCGAGGUGCUGAUGCACGCCGACUACGACCAGUCACCCUUCAAGCACGACAUCUCCCUCAUACGCCUCGACAGGGCCGUCAGGUUCCACGAUUUUGUGAUGCCGAUAUGUAUGAUCCAUGGAAAACUGUUAACAAAGAACUAUGUGGGAGAACCAACAGAAGUCGCUGGAUGGGGAGUUUUCGAUAUCGAGGACCCGCGGCCGAGCCCCAUCCUGCAGACGAUCACGCUGCGCGUUGUGUCGAACGCGGAGUGCGCGCCGCGCUUCGAGAUGUACGCCGAGGUGGGGCCGACGCAGAUGUGCGUGGGCGGCGUCGUGGGGCAGGACUCGUGCGGCGGCGACAGCGGCGGCCCGCUGAUGAAGGUCGAGGCGCUGGACGGCCCGCCGCGCUACUACUUGCUCGGCGUCGUCUCGUUCGGCUCCAAGCGCUGCGGCGCCUCCACCAUGCCGGGCGUCUACACGCGCAUGGCCGACUACGUCCACUGGGUGCUGGAUAACAUGCACGAGUGAACGACUGUCCCCGCCGCUCAUCUCCCGGAACCUUCUUCCUUCCACCAGCAGCGUCCGUUCUACCAGUCUGCUAGGUCUCAUUCACCUUCAUGCUCUCCUCAGUUUAACUGUUCUCGUCGAGACGUCUUCCAGUCCGUAUUCUCUCAUCAGAUAUUGUACUUUGACAAAACUCCAGUUGUAAUUUGUGAAACAUUAUUAUUAAAAUACACCUGUGAUAUUAAUUUACACAGCAGCAAAGAAAUUUUAAAGCUUAUUUUCCUUACCUAUUUCCUUGAGACAACAGUGAUCUUCCAACAAGUAUUGUUUUCACCAUCAGUUUUCUUUAAGUAACUACCCAUAAAGUUGGUUACAUUGGAUUCGAUUGUGCAAUCCAAACGUUGCUAACCUGGUGGCAGUCACCACCUUUGGGGUAAAAUGAAAUUUUCUGGGCAGUAAGACCCAAAUAGUUGAACUCUGUUUUUGUUCAGGAAACUAAAUCACUCUUAAAACAUCAUUAUGAUUACCACUAUUUCGUAAAUCUGUAACGCCGAUUGCAUAAGUUAUCAGUAAUUACCUUUUUUUUCAAAUACUGUGCCACAAUGUGAUGGAGUUUACAAACAAAUGUAUGAAUAAUGUCUUCCUUCUUUUUCACAUAGUUCACCCAGUGCACACAUGCUUUGUUCUUUGUACUAUGCACCCAUGGCAGUAAAACUGAAACAUUCUGUAACGUCUCUGUUAGAUUCGUUUCAUAUUAUU